AUGACAACAAACGACGCUUUAAACUUAUCAGUAUCUCCGUCGCCUCCUGCUUGCAGGCCAAAAGAGCAUCCAGUUAGUCCAGUAGAUGUAAUACCUUCAAGAUCCUCGUCGCAGGAAGGGCAUUUUUUAAAUGAUUUUGAUUCUGGAAACGAAGUUCAAGGGAUUUAUAGUGAUGAUAAUGGAGGUUAUAGUCUUGUCACUCCCGCAGGUUCUCCCUACAGAAUCAAAACUCCGAAGAAUGUUCAGUCGUAUAGUCCACCCCAUAACUUUUAUCCUGAGGUUCACAAGGGUGUUCAUAAAAAGUCUAAGAAUAUUGUUGCUUUGAAGAGAAUCUUGAUGCAUAAUGAAAAAGAAGGUAUUCCAAUUACUGCGAUCAGAGAAAUAAAGAUUCUCCGGCAACUUAGUCAUACGAACGUUGUCACGCUGAGUGAUAUGGCGUUUGAAUAUGGUGAUAAGGAAGAUCAGCCUUCGAUAUAUAUGGUAUUCCCUUAUAUGGACCAUGAUCUAGCUGGUCUUCUAGAGAAUAAAGAUGUUCAAUUCGCUCCUUCACAAAUCAAAUGUUAUUUAAAGCAAUUAUUGGAAGGAACCUUCUACCUUCAUCAACAAAAAAUAUUACAUCGCGAUCUAAAAGCUGCCAAUUUAUUAAUUGACAAUAACGGCAUUCUUAAGAUUGCAGAUUUUGGUCUUUCACGUCCGAUAAUAAAUGACAAAUCAUUAACUGGAUGUGUGGUAACGCGGUGGUAUAGGUCACCGGAAUUAUUACUCGGUGCAAAACAUUAUUCAAUCGCAAUUGAUAUGUGGGCAAUUGGGCAAAUGUUAAGAAGGCAACCAAUACUGAUGGGACAUUCUGAUAUUCAUCAAUUAGAGAUCAUUUAUAAAUUAUGUGGAACACCAACAGCUGAUACCUUUAAGGGUUUGGGAACACCAGAUCAGCAGAUCGAACCUGAGAAAGAAUUACCGCGAAGAGUGAUUUCCGAAUUUGAAAGGCAUGGAUCACAAGCAGCGGAACUAAUGGAUAGAUUGCUUGUACUUGAUCCAAAACAUCGGUUGACUGCAUUUCAGGCAUUAGACCAUGAUUAUUUCUGGACAGAUCCUUUGCCCGCAGAACCCAAAGAUUUACCGCAGUAUGAAUCAAGUCACGAAUAUAGUCGUCGUAAUAAACAAAAGGAGAAGAAAGAACAUAAAGCCGAGGAAAUUUCUACAAGAAUCACAUCAGCCGAGAAACAUUCCGAAAGGCAAGAACGGUUUGAACGAAAAGAUCGCAAAAAGUCAAAAAGGAUGCGAAGUCCUGAAAGACAGCGUGAUCCACACGAACCUAAAAAGCGUAGUCGAUAUGUCACGCGAACAGACAAUCAUGAUCAACCAAAAAACCGGCGGAAUUCAAUUGACGAAAUGAAAGAUAAUUCGAAGCGUGGGCGUAAUAAAGACAAAAGACAUAGUCCAGAAGGCGACGAACAAAAUGAUAAUUCUGAUCCGCCUAUAAAGCGUAACCGACAACGUCAUCAUCCACUCCCGGAAAAACCGAAAACUACGGCAGACGUUGAUAAAAAAUAA